UACCUGAAUCUCACUUUUUUGCCAAAUCUGAAGUUCCUGCAACUCCAUUCUGUCGAGUUUCCAGAGAACUGCUCUUUGAACAGGCUGAUUUCUGGCUGUCCAAAGCUGGAGGACAUGGUCCUUGAAGGUAGUUGGGAAGAUGUCGAAGCUAUAAACAUUUCUUCUCCUACUGUGAGAAGUUUGACCUUGAAUUUCGAGGAAGUAUUUAUGUCUGGCAAACAUAGAACUAAUGUUGUGCUCGAUCUUCUCAAUCUGCUUCAUUUUAAUUAUGUGGAUUACUUGGCAAUACAUUACAGCAUGAAUUUCAAUUAUCUUGUGGAUGCUCGCAUUGACAUAGUGUUGGACUUAGAAAACUUAAUGCAAAUAUCUGAGGUUUUCUCUGAUUCUAUGGUAGAACUCUUACAUGGAGUCUCUAGUGCCAAACAUUUGUACCUCUCUGGAAAGUGCAUGGAGGCUCUCAAUUGUGGUCAACCUAAGCUUCCAACCUUCAAUAACCUGUCUUGCUUAAACCUGGUUUGACAAGAUUUGUUGACUGGAGACGUGUCCUGCCUGAGCUUCUGCACAGCUCGCCCAUGCUUGAUUAUCUUGUCUUUCCUGGGGGAUUUCUGUAUCGUGAAGAUGAUGAUAUUAUGAUGACAAAUACUUCUGGGGCAGAUUUCAAAAGCCACCUACAUGUCUUUCCACUCACCUCAAGACUAUUUUCAUCGAUUCAUAUGAUGGCGAGUUCGAUGAAGAGCUGAAGAUAAUAAAGUAUCUUCUCCGAAAUGGGAAGGUGCUAACAAAGCUGAUGUUAGGCUGGACAAGGAGAUCAGAAAAAGGAUACAAGGAAAUAAAGAAGUUGUUGAAGUUAGGAAGGUUGGCCUCCGGGGAAUGCUCACUUGCUGUGAUAAUAGACUAGUCUUUGCAGCCCCUCCGUUAUCAUUGAUUUGUUUUUUUUGUCAACAGCAGCUUCGAUUAGUAACUAAGUGCAGGCGCACUUAUGGUCUGAUCUUUUGAGGUUCUUGCAUCCGGUGCAGGUGAACCUGAGUUUCUAUUAAUAUGGAAUGCUUAUUUUGAACAUGUGGACAAAAACUGUUUUUCUUGUUGUAUGCUAUUGGUAUUAUGAACUUCUGCAUCUAGGUGAAGGUGAGUCUUAGUCUUUCGAGUCUAUUGCUUAUUAAUGAUAUAAAUGUUCUAUGGCAUUAGACAUAUGGCUUUAUUCUUUUGAUGUGCAGU